UCCACAUUAAACGAUCAUUUUAAGGGCGAACCAAUCAAACUGAAAAUUUAUACAAAUUGAUACUAAACGGGUUAUAUUAAUUUUAUAACAAAAAUUAAGUGUGUAAAUAAGUUUGAGCGGAGUAGUAAUUAAAACUAAUUGGGUGUAAUAUAGCGAUAAUUAUUUUGAAUUAAGCGCCGUUUGCUGAUAUUCGUUUGUUUUGCGUGACGGUUUUUCGUUGGGAAUUUUGUUGUUUUUUGGAAAAUGUUUUGCUGUUAGUGUUGUGGGGGUCGUAUGGUGGUUUCUGGGAUCUGUGUUGGUACAAGUAACGAUUGGGUUGUUGUGGUGCGGGGGCGACGAUGGCGGCAUAGGGCGCGGCCAGGGCUGGCCUUUCGGGGCCAUGCUUAACAACCUCACCGCUACAGCCUUAGGAGCAGGUCACAAAGAGCAGUGCUCAGAGAGCAAGCUCGACUUGAAGCCGAGCGUGGAGCGGCACCAUGCGCCCGGCGCCAGGCUGCUGGCGCACUCCAUCAGAGCUGAUCACCUGCAAGGUGGAAUUCACCAGCAGCACAGCCAGCACAUGGCCACGGUGCCCGUCAGCAUGUCCUCCUCCGCGUCAGACAGCGACAAGCCGGCGAAACAGAAGCGACACAGGACUAGGUUUACACCGGCUCAACUAAAUGAACUGGAGAGAUGCUUCACAAAAACGCAUUAUCCUGACAUCUUCAUGAGAGAGGAGAUAGCAAUGAGGAUCGGCUUGACGGAGAGUCGAGUACAGGUCUGGUUCCAGAACCGUCGGGCCAAGUGGAAGAAGAGAAAGAAGAGCACCAACGUGUUCCGAUCCCCCGGCGCGCUGCUCCCCUCCCACGGGCUACCUCCCUUUGGGGGAGACGUGUGUAGUCCCGGCGUGUUUGACAGACCUUGGUCUAUGCCGGCUGGUCUAGGACAGCUGUCACAAGGCGGCGUUUCCAUGGGUGGGUUCGGUUCCCAGCUGCCGCUCGGAGCAGACCUCAACCCCGCGCUGCCGAUCAGCUCCACCGCCUCGCAGUCCUAUCAGACGCACUAUCCGCUCAACUCGCUUGGCGACACGAUGAUGUCGUACUGCAACAAUAUGGGUGGGCAAGGCGCGUUGGAGGGCUCGCCCACACCGCCGCAGCACUGCGCAGCCUCGCCCGCCGCCUCCGGCGGCGGCGGGGAGGGCGAGGAGGAGGUGUGGCGCGGGCACAGCAUCGCGGCGCUGCGCCGGCGCGCCUCCGAGCUGUCCGCCGCCAUACCGCCCUACCUGCAGCUCAACUACGACGCGCACAGCCCCGUGUACUAGCCGCCAUACCGCCCUACCUGCAGCUCAACUACGACGCGCACAGCCCCGUGUACUAGCCGCCAUACCGCCCUACCUGCAGCUCAACUACGACGCGCACAGCCCCGUGUACUAGCCGCCAUACCGCCCUACCUGCAGCUCAACUACGACGCGCACAGCCCCGUGUACUAGCCGCCAUACCGCCCUACCUGCAGCUCAACUACGACGCGCACAGCCCCGUGUACUAGCCGCCAUACCGCCCUACCUGCAGCUCAACUACGACGCGCACAGCCCCGUGUACUAGCCGCCAUACCGCCCUACCUGCAGCUCAACUACGACGCGCACAGCCCCGUGUACUAGCCGCCAUACCGCCCUACCUGCAGCUCAACUACGACGCGCACAGCCCCGUGUACUAGCCGCCAUACCGCCCUACCUGCAGCUCAACUACGACGCGCACAGCCCCGUGUACUAGCCGCCAUACCGCCCUACCUGCAGCUCAACUACGACGCGCACAGCCCCGUGUACUAGCCGCCAUACCGCCCUACCUGCAGCUCAACUACGACGCGCACAGCCCCGUGUACUAGCCGCCAUACCGCCCUACCUGCAGCUCAACUACGACGCGCACAGCCCCGUGUACUAGCCGCCAUACCGCCCUACCUGCAGCUCAACUACGACGCGCACAGCCCCGUGUACUAGCCGCCAUACCGCCCUACCUGCAGCUCAACUACGACGCGCACAGCCCCGUGUACUAGCCGCCAUACCGCCCUACCUGCAGCUCAACUACGACGCGCACAGCCCCGUGUACUAGCCGCCAUACCGCCCUACCUGCAGCUCAACUACGACGCGCACAGCCCCGUGUACUAGCCGCCAUACCGCCCUACCUGCAGCUCAACUACGACGCGCACAGCCCCGUGUACUAGCCGCCAUACCGCCCUACCUGCAGCUCAACUACGACGCGCACAGCCCCGUGUACUAGCCGCCAUACCGCCCUACCUGCAGCU